CCCGUCCUGCAGCCGCCGGGGCCCGAGGGCGCAGCUCGGCGGAGGCCUGGCCAGGCCGGGCGGAACGCGAGCAAGGCCGGAGCGCGCCGCGCGCUAGGGAGGGUCUGGGCGCCGCGCCUCCCGCCGCGCCCGCCCGCUCGCGCGCUCGCAAGCACUCCCUCGGCGCUGGGACCCCUGGAGGGUGGCCGGAGGACAUGGCCGGCGACGCUGUGCAGAGUGAGCCACGCAGCUGGUCGCUGCUGGAGCAGCUGGGUCUGGCUGGGGCAGACCUGGCAGCCCCCGGGGUGCAGCAACAGUUGGAGUUAGAACGAGAGCGGCUAAAGCGGGAGAUCCGAAAGGAGCUGAAGCUGAAGGAGGGUGCUGAGAACCUGAGGCGAGCCACCACUGACCUGGGCCGCAGCCUGGGUCCCGUGGAGCUGCUGCUGCGGGGCUCUGCUCGACGCCUUGACUUGCUGCACCAGCAGCUGCAGGAGCUGCACGCGCACGUGGUGCUGCCUGACCCUACAGCAGGGAGUGAUGCUCCCCAGUCUCUCACAGAGGGCAGCCCUAUCUGCUCAUCCACCAACCUGAACAGAGUGGCUGGCCUGGAGAAGCAGCUGGCCAUUGAGCUGAAAGUCAAGCAGGGGGCAGAAAACAUGAUCCAGACCUACAGCAAUGGCAGCACCAAGGACCGGAAGCUGCUGUUGACAGCCCAGCAGAUGCUGCAGGACAGUAAGACCAAGAUUGACAUCAUCCGCAUGCAGCUCCGUCGUGCGCUGCAGGCACUACAGGCUGGCCAGCUGGAGAGCCAGGCAGCUACUGAUGAGGCCCCAGGGGGUCCAGACCUGGGAGCCGUAGAGCUGCGCAUUGAGGAGCUGCGACACCAUUUCCGAGUGGAGCAUGCGGUGGCAGAAGGCGCCAAGAACGUCCUGCGCCUGCUCAGUGCUGCCAAGGCCCCAGACCGCAAAGGAGUCAGUGAGGCUCAGGAGAAAUUGACUGAGUCCAACCAGAAGCUGGGCUUGCUGCGUGAGUCACUAGAGCGGCGCCUCGGGGAGCUACCUGCUGAUCACCCCAAGGGACGGCUGCUUCGGGAGGAGCUCACCAUGGCGUCCUCAGCAGCCUUCAGCACCAUACUGCCUGGGCCCUUCCCAGCCACACACUACAGCACCUUGAGCAAGCCUGCACCACUCACAGGGACCCUGGAAGUACGAGUGGUGGGCUGUAGGAACCUUCCAGAGACCAUCCCCUGGAACCCUUCCCCCUCGGUGGGGGCAUCUGGGACCCCUGACGGCCGUACCCCUUUCCUAAGCCGCCCAGCUCGGGGGCUUUACAGCCGAAGUGGAAGCCUUAGCGGACGGAGCAGCCUGAGGGGGGAGGCUGAGACCUCAGCUGAGGUCAGCACGGUGCUCAAGCUGGACAACGCUGUGGUGGGGCAGACAGCCUGGAAGCCAUGUGGCCCCAAUGCCUGGGACCAGAGCUUUACGCUGGAGCUGGAGAGGGCGCGGGAGCUGGAGUUGGCUGUGUUCUGGCGUGACCAGAGGGGCCUGUGUGCACUCAAAUUUCUGAAGUUGGAGGACUUCUUGGACAAUGAGAGGCAUGAGGUGCAGCUGGACAUGGAACCCCAGGGCUGCCUGGUGGCUGAGGUCACCUUUCACAAUCCCAUCAUUGAGCGGAUCCCUAGGCUCCAAAGGCAGAAAAAAAUCUUCUCCAAGCAGCAAGGGAAGGCAUUUCAGCGUGCCAGGCAGAUGAACAUCGAUGUGGCGACGUGGGUGCGGCUGCUCCGGAGACUCAUCCCUAAUGCUGCGGCCACAGGCACCUUCAGCCCCAACGCAUCUCCAGGCUCCGAGAUACGGCACACUGGAGACAUAUCCAUGGAGAAAUUGAAUCUCGGUGCUGACUCAGACAGCUCAUCCCAGAAGAGCCCGCUGGGGCUGCCUUCCAUCUCAGGUAGCCUGAGUUCUCCUACCCACGAAUCCACCACCUCUCCAGAGCUGCCUUCAGAGACCCAGGAGACCCCAGGCCCUGGCCUAUGCAGCCCCCUGAGGAAGUCUCCCCUGACACUUGAGGACUUCAAGUUUCUGGCAGUGCUAGGCCGGGGUCACUUUGGGAAGGUGCUGCUGUCUGAAUUUCGCUCCAGUGGGGAGCUCUUUGCCAUCAAAGCCUUGAAGAAAGGUGACAUUGUAGCCCGGGACGAGGUGGAGAGCCUGAUGUGUGAGAAGCGGAUUUUGGCGGCUGUGACCAGGGCAGGACAUCCCUUCCUGGUGAACCUUUUCGGCUGUUUCCAGACCCCAGAGCACGUGUGCUUUGUGAUGGAGUACUCCGCGGGUGGGGACCUGAUGCUGCACAUCCACAGUGAUGUGUUCUCAGAGCCUCGGGCUGUCUUCUAUUCAGCCUGUGUGGUGCUGGGCCUGCAGUUCCUCCAUGAACACAAGAUUGUCUACAGGGACCUGAAGUUGGACAAUUUGCUCCUGGAUACUGAGGGCUACGUCAAGAUCGCAGAUUUUGGCCUCUGCAAGGAGGGGAUGGGUUAUGGGGACCGGACUAGCACAUUCUGUGGAACUCCGGAGUUCCUGGCGCCGGAAGUGCUGACAGACACAUCCUACACACGCGCAGUGGACUGGUGGGGACUGGGCGUGUUGCUCUAUGAGAUGCUGGUUGGAGAGUCUCCAUUCCCUGGGGACGACGAGGAGGAGGUAUUUGACAGCAUCGUCAACGAUGAGGUUCGCUAUCCCCGCUUCCUGUCAGCAGAGGCCAUUGGCAUCAUGAGAAGGCUACUGCGAAGAAACCCAGAGCGGAGGUUGGGAUCCACUGAGCGGGAUGCAGAAGAUGUGAAAAAACAACCUUUCUUCAGGACUCUGGGCUGGGAAGACCUGCUGGCCCGUCGACUGCCUCCACCCUUUGUGCCUACGCUUUCGGGGCGUACAGAUGUCAGCAACUUUGAUGAGGAGUUCACUGGGGAGGCCCCCACACUGAGCCCACCCCGGGAUGCGCGACCCCUCACAGCUGCAGAGCAGGCUGCUUUCCGGGAUUUCGAUUUUGUGGCGGGAGGCUACUAGCCCCAAGCCCCUGCCUUGCCCAAGAGUUCUUGGUUUUUAAAAAAGCCUUUGGGGUUUACCCCUAACAUGCA